AUGAGCUUACGUCUUGGAUUACUUCUGUCACUGAUGGAGUUAGUUUCUUGUCUUGAUCAAGUUGUCAAAACGAAAAAUGGCCUUGUGAGAGGAACGACUGUCGAAUUUCAGAAAGCUAAAGUCCAAGCAUUUUUGGGAGUACCUUUUGCCGAGCCACCGCUAGGACAGCUUCGCUUCAGAAAACCUCGACCCGCUAAAGAAUGGUCAGGUGUCCGAGAUGCCACUAAAAUGCCCCCUGCUUGCAUUCAGUUUUCAUUUUAUCCAUUUCCUUCGUAUGAUUUUAAAAACGAUAAAAGUGAAGACUGUUUGUAUCUGAAUAUAUGGCUUCCGGAGAACACACAGGCAUCUGACAGAAAGGCCGUCAUGUUUUGGAUCUACGGCGGUGGAUUUACUCUGGGAUCGAUAACGAAGCCAGAAUAUGACGGAAGACUUUUAACCUUAGUAGGAGAUGUUAUUGUAGUGAGUGUUAACUACAGAGUGGGCUCACUUGGUUUCCUGAAUUCUGGUUCAGAUGAAGCGCCUGGUAACAUGG